CGUCAUGUUGAGAUGGUUGUUUCUAGGAAGUGACGUGUCAGAGACGGUCGAAGGAAGUUUGUCCGGUGGUGCUGAAAGAAACUUUCCCCGGAGCUGUAAGAGGAGUGUGGAUUCAGGAGAACAGCGCAGCUGGGGAAACGGAGCCAGCUGUGGAUGGAAGCAUUUAUUUUACCUUCGGUACGAUUAAGCGAAGGAACAGCCUUGGCUUGGUAGGAGCGCAAAGGAAUUUGCUCCCGUUUCAAAUCCCUUUCUCCCCCUCGCCCUUCUCGAUUUGAGAUGGGGAAGGAGCAGGAACUCCUUGAGGCGGCGCGCACUGGGAAUCUUGCCGCCGUUGAGAAGCUUUUGUCAGGGAAACGACAGUCCGCAGGGAUCGGUGGUGGAUCGUCGGGAUCCGCUGGAAGCAGCAGCAGCGGUGGCCACAGUUCUUCUCACCCCCUCUCCAGUUUACUCAGUAUUUGGAGGGGCCCCAAUGUGAACUGUGUGGACAGCACUGGAUACACUCCUCUUCACCAUGCAGCACUCAAUGGACACAGUGAAGUGGUGGAGCUACUACUGCGCAAUGAGGCCCUCACCAACAUGGCCGACAACAAAGGCUGCUACCCGCUACAUCUGGCUGCCUGGAAGGGUGAUGAACGCAUCGUCCGGCUGCUCAUCCACCAGGGUCCCUCGCACCCCAAGCUUAACGAACAGAACAACGACAACGAGACGCCGCUGCACUGCGCUGCGCAGUACGGCCACUCGGAGGUGGUGCGGCUCCUGCUGGAGGAACUGACCGACCCGACCAUGCGCAACAACAAGUUCGAGACGCCGCUGGACCUGGCGGCGCUGUACGGGCGUCUGGAGGUGGUGCGGCUGCUGCUCAGCGCACACCCCAACCUGCUCAGCUGCAACACCAAGAAGCACACGCCCCUGCACCUGGCCUCGCGCAAUGGACACCUGCCCGUGGUGGGGGUGUUGCUGGACGCCGGCAUGGACAUCCACUACCAGACUGAGAAGGGCAGUGCCCUCCACGAAGCUGCUCUGUAUGGGAAGACGGAUGUGGUGCAGAAGCUUCUGAGUGCAGGUAUUGAUGUGACCAUCGUAGACUCUAAGGGCCUGACGGCGCUGGACACUGUCAGGGAGAUGCCGUCUCAGAAGAGCAGGCAGAUCGCCAGCCUCAUUCAGAGUCACAUGACAGGAAAUGCCCCUGAUAUGGCCCUGCCCCCUCCCCCAAUUCCACCCCCUCAGGAGAACCUCAGUCCCAGGAGAAAAGGUGAGGUGGAGCAGCAAAUGAGUGAGCUGAUCUCCGGCCUGUCGGGAGACCCUGAGGAAGAGAGCCCGUACGAGGCCCUGUACGAGGCCACCUCUUGCCACUCCCUCGACAGCCUGGCCAGCGGCAAGUCCUCCGACCGCGACUCCGGACGACCGGACAGCGAGGCCGGCAAAAAAGAUCGGCUACCUCCUCCAUCACAGCCUGGCCCUGGUCAUGAAGAGGAAGGCAGCUCAGAGGCUGUGUACACCAACAGCAGUAUAGAUGAGAGAGGAGAGAUGGUGGAUGAGGAGGACCACACCUACGAGCUUCUGCUCUCUGCCGAGACCAAGGUCCCCUACACAGAGCCCCAUGAACCGUCCUCACAAACCGAAGAGGAAGCCAAAUCCAAGUCUUCUAACAGCCUUCUACCUCAGCAGCGGAAGCCCUCUGCACCCAGUGACCUCCGACCCCCGGGCCCAAGCAGUGACACCCUCCGUCCCCCUGCGCCCGUGCUGGGGCCUGGUCGGCAUAAGAACACCGGAGAGAAUUCCCAGGACCUGGCCGGCGUUGUUCCCGAGCAGUUCACAGGCCUCCUGCACGGCUCGUCGCCGGUCUUCGACUGUCGAGAGGAGCCUUUCAAAGUCCCCAGUGCGACGACAUCCUCCUCCUCCUCUUCCACCGUGCACGGACGAGACGCGGACGCAGACGGCGUUGACAGGGGCGAGGACGUGCCCUCUCACCCGCCCCCUCCACCGGCAGCAGCAGCUGUGGCAGCGGCGGCAGCCAUGUCCGCAAUCCUCUCAGACUGUGACCCCAAAGCCAUCUACGCCACUGUGAACAAGGACCACUCCGGAGUCGGGGCUUCGGCCUCGGCGUCGGGCACCCCUCGGAUGCGUCCGCCCGGGGACCUGAAGCUGGCCCGCAGCCUCUCCAAGUCCGACUCCGACCUGCUGGUGUCACCCCCCAGCGAAGAGGAGGGUGGCUUGGGCAACCGCAGCGAGUCCGUCUCCAACUGCAGCACCAGCAAGAGAAGGCUGGAGAAGUCGCCAUCCUUCACCUCUGAGUGGGAUGAGCAGACUCUGAUGUCUUCCAGCGCAAAGCCCAGGAGGUCUCAGUCCUGUCACAGUAUUGAGAAGAUCAUGACGCUGAUUGGCGCUGGCAUCGACUUCUCCCGAGACCAGCAGUACACCGCCUCAGCAGGUGGCGCUGGCGGGCGGCUGCUGGACCAACCCGUGGGCGACUGGCUGGAGCAUGUGGGCCUACCCCAGUACGAGAGCAAGCUGCUGCUCAACGGCUUCGAUGACCUCCACUACAUGGGUAAUAAUGUGAUGGAGGAUCAGGACCUGCGGGAGAUUGGCAUCUCAGACCCAGGCCACCGGAGAAAGAUCCUGCAUGCAGCUCGUUCUCUGCCCAAGGUGAAGCCUCUGGGCUGUGACGGCAGCACGUCGCUCUCGUCCUGGCUGGACAUGCUGGGCCUGCAGGAGUACCUGCACAACUUCCUGUCCAGCGGCUACCGCACCCUCGAAUGCGUCAAGAACCUGUGGGAGCUCGAGAUUGUCAAUGUACUAAAGAUUACGCUGCUGGGCCACAGGAAGAGAAUCAUUGCAUCACUGGCUGAGCGCCCCUACGAGGAGCCGCCCGUCAAACCCCCACGACUCUCCCAGAUCAGAUGCCAGGACCUGAUGUCGCAGACGUCCUCCCCUCUCAGCCACAUGGACUCCUACACGGGCCGCUCCAUGGACCCGCUCCUGCCCCCCGGGGAUUCUGGGAGGAGGCGAGGAGCGCCCGAGCCGGAGUACGACAUGGUGCAGCGGCCUCGCAGCGAGCGGCUUUACUCUCACGAGCGGUACGAGGACCGGCACAGAGAGCCUCGCCUGACCUUGCGACCCCCCAGCCUGGCUGCACCGUACGCCCCCGUCCAGAACUGGCACCACCAGCCGGAGAAGCUCAUCUUCGAGUCCUGCGGCUAUGAGGCUAACUACCUGGGCUCCAUGCUCAUCAAAGACCUGCGGGGAACAGAGUCCACACAAGACGCCUGCGCUAAAAUGAGGAGGUCGACGGAGCAGCUGAGGAAGGUCCCCACCAUCGUCCUCUCCAUCACCUACAAAGGGGUGAAGUUCAUCGACGCAGCCAACAAGAACAUCAUUGCAGAACAUGAGAUAAGGAACAUCUCGUGUGCAGCUCAGGAUCCGGAGGACCUGUGCACCUUUGCUUACAUCACCAAGGACCUGCAGACCAGCCACCACUACUGCCACGUCUUCAGCACAGUAGACGUAAACCUGACCUAUGAGAUCAUCCUGACCCUGGGACAGGCGUUUGAGGUGGCCUAUCAGCUCGCACUGCAGGCGCAGAGGACCAAAAAGCAGCAGGGCAUGCCUGGGGGCGCGGGGUCGGAGGUCAUAGAGACGAAGACCAGCCGACCGGUGCCCAAACCACGGGUUAGCAUGAGGAAGUCGGGGGUGGACCCUAUGGAGCUGGAGGCGGACUCGCAGUCUCAGAACAGCGCCACAUGGCUGGUGGAUCCCAAGGACUCCAAGCGCACCAUCAGCACCAAGUACGAGACCACCAUAUUCUGAGUGGGGCACUUCCUUCUCCCCCCCCCCCUCCACCUCUCCUCUUCUCCUGCCUCCACCCUUGAUACCCUUCUCCACCCCUUAUCCACCCCAACCCUCCAGCUCUGUGCCUUCUCACUGUGACUCUGCGCCCCCAUCCCCUCCCCUUUUGCCCAAAUGGACCUAUUUUCGUUCGUCCUCCUCCUCCUCUUCCUCCUCUCCAUCUCUCGCCCCCUGCGCCGACUGGCUUCUAACUCCUAAGACUGCUGGACCCCUGCAGUAUGACAUCACAUUCGCUCGCCCGCCUAUCCACGCGCCUGUCCCCUAUCUCUCUCUCUCUCUCUCCUCUCUCUCUCUCUCUCUCUCUCUCUCUCUCUCUCUCUCUCUCCUCUCUCUCUCUCUCUCUCCUCUCUCUCUCUCUCUCUCUCUCUCUCUCUCUCUCUCUCUCUGUCUCUUGUCUGUCUCCUGCCCUCCUUGCUCCUGUUUGCGCUUGGUUCAGCUCGGUUCUACUCGGUUCUGCCAAUGCCUCUGCCUGGUCCUGUUUUUCCAGCUCUCCUGGCUGCUUCUCUUUAGAACCCACUGCAGCCACAAUCGUACAACUAACCGGACUCCGCCUGUGUCCAUCCCCCCCAUCUCCCUCCUCUGCCAGCCUUCUAACACUGACUGCCAUAGAAAACAUCCCCCUCCCUGAAGCUACACCCAGGGGACUUUGACUCUUACUUGCUCUUUAUUUGCAUUUUGUGUAUGGAUUUGUACAUCAUAUCAUUGAUAUAUACCGAAAUGGCAGUAGGUAUUUGUAUCCAGGUAGCAUACAUUCGCUCGCAUCCAGUCUCUUCCCCCAGCCCCCCACCCCCAUCCUCCCUUGCUGAGCUUGGUCUCCAUCUGCUCCCAUCAGCAUGAAGUUCUGAGCCGAGCCACUUCGCCCGUCUCCCAGCUCCAGAGGCACGAUCUGACGCAUCCAAUCCCAUGGGGAGACCCACUCCCUGUGCCUGGCAGAUGCUUUUCUGUUUUGAAAACAUACAUUCAACCCCCCCCCCCCCCAAGAAAGUUGAUAUUGAUCGAAUGCCAAAGUACCUAAAGCUGUGCUAACUAAGAACUGUUGUGGAGGCUAGACAAGCACUCCUGCACUGAAUCAAACGGCGAACCUCCCCAAUGCCUUUAUCCAAUCUCUUCCAAUUAACCAGUCAUACCUGUCCUGCAACAUCUAACAGUCAGCUACAACCAUCCUGCCCCUUUACCAAGUCAUAACAGUCUUCUUGCUCCUCUGUACUACCUAAAGAGAAAUCGCCUCUCCCCUUUUUCUGUGUUUUAGGAGAUAAAUACUUUUUAGUGAUGCAAUCUUGUUUUUCCCUCUUCUGGUGCUUUCCCUGUCUA